GAACAGAAAAAUAAUAAUAAUAGUACAUCUUAUUCGAAAAAAAAUUUCCAUACAAAAACACCAAAAUGAAAUACUUUUUCAACAUUAUUAUUAUUAUUAGAGGAGAGGAAAACUAGUAGUGCAUAUUUAUACAUUUUUUUUGGUUAUAGAGCUCUUACAAAAGAGAUAUAUCGGAAUAAUUUCUUUUUCUUUUAUCCAGUUAAAAAUUUAACAAAAAAUAUCCCAUAAUGUCUCUCUGUUUUAAUUGAAGAAGAACGACAAUGAGUGGUGGUCUGGGUGAUUAUAAUAAAGCAAAAGUAGCCAAUGUAUUUGGUAUACAGUUACGUCCAAAACAUGGGAAACAGCGUACAUCUAUAUCAACAGGUACUACUGCUGAUUGCAUUCCAUUAGAUAAUAACAAAAAAAAAGAAACCGUAUUAGAUAAACAUCGAUCUUUAUCCGAUUUUCGUACAUCAAAUGAUUUAUCAUUUUCAAACAGUGAUGAAAAAAAUACAAAUGGUGUCGAUCGAUCUAUCUCAUCGACAUCAACAAUAUCAAAACUACAACCAAAAACAAAAUCAUCAGAAAUCAAUGUUUCAUCAACUACCCCAUCAGUAAAAAAAUCAAAUUCAGAAAAUGUAGUCAAACAGCAACAAUCAUCA